AUGGCCGACCUUUGGGGUGCUCUUGAGGAGAUUGAACCCGGGACAAGUCCAACAGUGACAGUUGCGAUCAGAACUCCGGAUGUCACUGUAGUCCAAGAUCUGAUCAAUCACGACAAAAUUCAAAGAGAAACUGAACAGCUCAGACAGUCGAUGAAUUAUUCAGCACAAAUCGUCAUCGCUGCUUACAAAGUCGCAGAUUAUGUUCCGAAUCUGGAAAAUAGUGAACAUCGGCAAUUUUGGCAAUCAGAAGUUAUACCAACUCUGGUCAAAAGUCUAGAUCAAGAUGUCAAGGCACGUUCGGUUGUCAUGGAAUCAUUUUCUUCGGUACGUGACCUGGCUAUCAGCAUUAAGAAUGGCGCAGAAUUAGUCAAGCUGAGAGAUAUUUGUUUAGGUUCUCCGGCUGCAGUUGCUGCUGCACAGCGCACCGUCAGCGCCGCUCUCAAUGAUCUAAACAAAAGCAUUGAAAAAGCUGAAAGUAUAAAAAGUUCGGCUUUAAAUGAAUUUGCAGGACAAACUGAAAAAUUGCUUAAAAUCAUGGGUCCAGAAACAGCGAAGUAUACAGAGGAAAGAGUUAAAAUUGGAGAUCAGCUUCGAAAAGAAUACGAAAAAGAAGAGAAAUUCCAUGCUGAAAUUGCUCAUAAAAAAGGAGAGAUGGAACGUUACAGUCAUUUGAUGCAUGCCACUCAGAACCGAGCGAAGGGAUCACUUGCUGCUUUGAACGAAACCAAAAAUCGAACAAAGGAGAUGAUGUCACUCAAUGAAAAACUUGAAAAAACCAUUCAAAAUAUCGCGGCUUCGAUUCCUAAAACUGAAACAUCAACGAACAUUGAGCGCAGUGCAUGGUUACCGUGGAGGAAAACAACAUCGACUAGUACUAAGUCUUUCAUGAUUGAAAAUCCGAAUCGAGUGGUGGAGAAAAACUACUACGAAAGUAUGGUUUUGUCAAGAAUGUCUCGAAUUAGAGAACAUCAAAAGCAAGAAAUGGCGGAAGAGAGCGUGCUCAAUGAUUUAGAGCGAUGCCUUAGUGAUUAUAAAGCCAAAUACAAAAUAAUAGUUAACGAACUGGAAGAAUAUGAGAAGCUUCUUCCGAUCAAGAUCGCUGAAAGUGAACGUGAGAUUAUUCGACUCAACGAACUUUUAAUUGACAUCGAUAAAGGAGUUACUGAUGCCACAAAUAUAUAUGGUCACCAUGGAGAUACUCUAGUACGAUGUUUGGCAGAGAUUAAAUGUUUGGCGAAAGCGAUCAACAAUGGUGCUACAGCUUAUACGCCACUAGUUGGCGUUUUGAAAGGUCGGUUAAAAUAUAAUUUGUCAUACGUCAUUUUAGUAAAAUAUGCUUUUUUCUCAUUUAUUCAUUAUUCAGCUGUCAAAGCAUCUGUUGAUGCUCAAAUUGAAUUACUUAUGAGUAAAGAUCCGAAUGAUAUUUUUCUCGGUGGAAGUCAACUGUUGAGACAAGUCGAAUGUCUCGGACAUUAUCAUACAUGUGCUAGUGUAUGUUUAGAACCACCUCAAGAAUAUCAAAAUAUUGCAGUUACAACUAGAGUGCAAGCCAUCGAAAUGUCCUAA